GGAAGUAGCUUUCAGAUACAAAUGUCCUGCUGAUUGUUGGCCUGCAGAUCACCUGUCUGACUCUCUGUCUGUCUUUCUGUCUGUCUCUCUCUCUCUGUCUGCCGCUCACAUACAGGAAUAAUGCGCGUCCCGCAGGUGUCCAGCUCUGCACGGGUCCAGGCGGUGUUGACCAGCGCAUCUGCGGGUCUAGAGGGCUUCAAAGCUCACGCCGUCUUCCAGGAGAUCAAUAAAAAGCUGCAAGAGGACGGAGAGCAAUUUGUGAAGAAGAUUGGAGGUGUGUUUGCCUUUAAAGUGAAGGACGGGCCGGAGGGAAAGGAAGCCGUCUGGAUUGUGGAUGUAAAGAAUGGAAAAGGCUCCGUUCACAAUGACAGCGAUAAGAAAGCAGACUGCACUAUUGCUAUGGCUGACUCGGACCUGCUCGACCUCAUGACUGGAAAGAUGAAUCCACAGACUGCAUUUUUCCAGGGUAAACUGAAGAUUACUGGCAACAUGGGAAUGGCAAUGAAACUUCAGAACCUCCAGCUGCAGCCAGGGAAGGCCAAACUGUGAGUGGGCGGAGCCAAGAUGCAAGGGGAGGAGGAGUCAGUCAGGAAGAAGGCGGAGCUUCAAGUAUAGUUCACUCUAAUAGAGUAGCUGCACAGGAGUCAGUGUUUUUCCACUGUAGCGUUCAGCCUCUGUCUAAUACGGUUAAAGAAUAAUUCACCCAAAAAUACAACUGGACAUCAUUUGAUGGCACUGUUAAAAGGAUAGUUCACACGAAAAUAUUAAUUCUGUCCUCAUUUACUCAAUUCUCAUUAUGAGUUGAACACAAAAGAAGAUAAACCUGUAACCAUUGACUUCCUUAGUAGGAAAAAUAAAUAUUGCAGAAGUCAAUGGUUACAGUUUCAGCUUUCUUCCAAAACUGGAAGUCAAACACAUAAGAAAGAAACUCAAAGUUUUGGAACCACUUGAGAGAGAGUAAAUAGUGAGUACAUUUUCAUUUUUGUGUGAAAUAUACCUUUAUGUGUAUUUUACAAGGAAUAGACCACCAUGAUGAACUUUAUACGUUAAGUUAAUGAUAUUCGGAGUUUCACUAAACUGAUCAUCAAAUGAGUCUUGUGUGACCGGAGAGCAGAUCAUGAGAUAAUUCACCUGACUUUCAAAACUUGUUCUGCAUAAUUGAAGGUUAAUCUGAUUGAUGAGCUUCAUUGUGCCUUUUGUGAAUUGGUUCGUCUUUUGAGGACAGAGCAGAAAAGCUUAUCUAUACGAGUUAUUUAUUUUUCUGGUUAUUCAUUAUAAAAUUAUUUUAUUUUAAAGUCGUAUUGCCUGCAGCAUGAGAAAUGUGUUUGAAUAUUUAAUUUAAUAUUUAAUUACAUUUUUAUUUUAUUUUUUUAUGACAUGGCAUAAUAAUCUUAAUAAAUUUAAAUAUUAUAAAAUGAAUAAAUAAUAUAAUAAAUCUGUUAUUUGUUAUAAUUAAAUAACAAUUUUAUUUAUUUUAUUAUAUUUAAAUGUAUUAUGCCAUGCCAUAAAAUAAAAUAAAAAUAAAUUAAAUUAAUUAUACAAACACAUUUCUCAUGUAGCAGGCGUUAAGAAAUUUUAAAAUAAUUUAUUAUAUUGUUAAAAAAAAUGUCUUGAUGCCUGCAGCCAGAGAAACAUGUUUGUAGGUUUAAUUUAAUUAAAUUUUAUUGCAUGGCAUAGUACAUUUUAUAAAUUCAAAUAUAAAAUAAAUAAAUAAAUAAAUGCGUUAUUUAUUAUAUUAUUUUAUUUAUUUUUUUAUUAUUAAUUUAAUUGCAUUGCAUAAUGCAUUUAAUAAAUUUGUAUGUAAUAAAAUAAAUAGGUAUUAAAUAUAAUAAAUUCAAACACAGGAAUAGACCACCAUGAUGAACUUUAUACGUUUAGUUAAUGAUGCUAGGUUUUAUUUUUGGGUGAAUUAUUUAAUUGAAUCCUGUGAUUCUGGUAGAUGGUUAUAAAAAUGAAAUUAAUACUGUUGCUAAUCAUUUUGAUAUCUUUGAUGCUGUCAUUUUGAUGGGUCACUGUUUCAGUUGUAUGCAUGUGUGGAUUGGUUUUCCCCAAAUAUUUUCUUGUGGUGUUUAAAAAGUGCCUGAAGUGUGUGUUUGAAUCAGGCUAACACACGACUCUAAACACAGCAAAUAUUCUGCUCAUCAGUAUUUCGCUAUGUUUUCCAAUAAAAACCAAGAAACAUUCUCAAAUCAGUGUAGGUUUUCUUGAGAAGCAAACUGAAGUCUUGUUUUCUAGCUUAAAAAUUAAUCAGAACUUUGAUUAGCAAAAAUAAAAGUGGCGUAACACUAAAUUAAAAAGGCAAACAAAUCAAUAUUUCUAACUCUUCUGAUAAAUGUUUGAUCUUGUUUUGAGAUUAAUCAGAAAACAUGACGUUUAAAAAGACAUUAAAAGGUUUGUACAAGAAAACAACAACAAAAUACUAAUCAAGAAAGCCACACACAUUUUUACUUGCAGUUUGAUUUGUGGCUUUGAUAGAUAGAUGCCUUGUUAACAUCUUUUACAGCCUUGAGAUUAGUUUUCUUUCAUCUUUAGAGACGCUCCAGGCUUAUUCAUCUAUACUCUUGAUGAAACGGCACCAAUUAUAAAUAUAUAUCCAUCAAAUGAGUGCAUGGAUAUAUUUAUAGUGUCCUACAGGUAUCAUGUCUUUCAUGCUGAAACACUUUUGUACUAAAUAAACUGAUCUUUCGCA